AACAGACCGAAAACACACCUUGAACCUCUCCGAGCAGCAGUUGUAUUUUGGCAUAAUAUUGAGUCGGAUAUGAUUAGCAGCAGCGACUGGCGGCUGUCUUAUUAUUGAUUAAAAUGCAAAUAGUGAAUUAUUUGAAAAGCGAUUUUCAUUUAAAAUCGUUGUGGUUGCUGGCAAUUCUGACUAUUAACUUAGUUGAGCGACAUUUGACAUUUGCUCAAGAUUCAGAGAUCGUCAGUUCAUGUACUAGAUACGAAGAGAGCGUCUUUGAUCUACAGGAUGGAUACAGUUUCCUCUUGCGAAAUGAUCCGAUUACCAAAAAAUCGUUUGAUACUUGCCACCACUAUAUUGUUGGGGGUACGCUGGCCAAGCCGAAGGAGUUUGCACCCAUGGCACGGCUGGGUUAUCGUAAUGCUGACAAUGAAACCAAAUGGUUUUGUGGCGGCACAUUAAUCAGCAAUCGUCUGGUGCUAACUGCUGCCCAUUGUCUCUACUCGGAACUCGGUGCCGUUAAUGUGGUACGCUUGGGUGAGCUGGACUUUAAUAGCGACACGGAGGACGCACAGCCCGAGGACUUUGGUGUGCACAACUCGACCGAGCAUCCCGACUUUGAAUAUGGUCUGCUGUAUAAUGAUAUUGCUCUGCUGGAGCUGGAUCGCGGGGUGCGAUUCAGUGCCUAUAAGCAUCCAGCUUGUUUGCCCUUCAAUGAUGACAGCAAUUCUAUGGAGACCAUCAUUGCCAUUGGCUGGGGUCACACCACAACUGCGGGCAGUGACUCGAGCAAGCUGCUCAAGGUGAAACUAACUGGAGUUGGUGUGAAUUGCACUGCCAUCGCCAUUGAUAUUGACGAGCUGCCCAAUGGCUUUAAUGCAACCACACAGAUAUGCCUCGGAUCCAGCGAUAGCAAGGACACCUGCAACGGUGACUCCGGCGGUCCAACGCUCAUUUACCAUAAGGAGGAUCCGUGCAUGUAUCAUGUGAUGGGCAUCACCUCAGUGGGUAUUGGAUGUGGCACACCCAAUGUGCCUAGUAUCUAUACGCGGGUCCAUUUUUAUUUGGAUUGGAUCAAAAAGGAGAUGGCUAAAAUCAAUUAAAAUUACUAUUGACAAGAACAAAUUAGGAAAACCAUUUACUUCGUAGUUAUUCGCCUCGUUUGAAUAUUUCAAAAUGAAAUAAUAAUAAUUGUAAUCUCUAAAGUUCA